AUGGUCUCGCAUGCUGUGCUAUUUCGAGCGGCCGUGGCCUGCGCCAGCCUGUUGAUCUCUGCUACUCUCUUUCGUAGCCUUGUGCGAGCCCCUCCCUCUUCCCGAGAGGAGCCGGGGGCGGAGGGGGGCAGUAGCCUGGCUGCCGAAUCCGCAGCGGCGACAUCGCCACGACGGCAGUUCUUCCAGGAGGCGGAGAACCAGCAAUUCCAGGACGAAACUGCUGCACGGAAGGACGCACAUUAUUUGCCCGUGGAUCGAGAAGCAGAAGCGGCUCGAGAAGUACCAACCUUGGAGGGGACAAGCAACGCGGGCGACAGCAGUAGUGGUGGUGACGCUGAGGAGGAGCAGCAACAACAGCCGAACGUGAUAUUUAUCUUGAUAGACGAUGUCGGUACGAACGACAUCGGGUACCAGAGCACGGAUCUGUGGGAGCUGACACCGUUCAUGGACUCUCUCUCCUCCGAAGGGGUGCGACUCACCAAGUACUACACGAACCAGCUCUGCACCCCCUCUCGGGCGUCUCUGAUGACGGGUCGAGACACCUUCCGUACCGGCAUGCAGUACGAGGUCGUGGAGGACUCUGGUGCGUGGGGUCUGCCGCUGGAGGAGGUUACGCUUGCCGAGAGGUUCAAGACGGGGAAGUGGCAUCUGGGCAUGUAUUCGGAUGCCCACUACCCUUUCGCAAGGGGCUUCGACACUUUCUUGGGGUACAUGGGUGCCGUCAGGGGGUACUCCAGCCAUGAGGGGUGCAACACCCCGACGUUUGAGGGUGGGGAGUAUUCGUGCUUCAAAGACUUCGGGUACGGCGACAAGGAUGGUUACAUCAAUCACAUCACCAACACCACCAGACAGGGACCCUCGUUCGUGGGCAACUACAGCACCACCAUCAUCACCGAUCGAGCCAUCGAGGUCGCCAAAGAGCAUGGAGAAGAUCCUUUCUUCCUUUACGUGUCCCACCAGGCGGUGCACUCGCCGGUGGACCCUCCGCCUGAUGAUUACUUCACGGAGGAAGAGCAUGCGACUCUGGCAAGGGUGGUCUCCGAGGACGCCUAUCGACAGCGCUUCGCAAGAGUGAUACUAUUCCUCGACAAAGAGAUGCGAAGGCUUCACGACGAGCUGGAUGCCCUUGGCGCCCUAGACAACACCGUCCUCGUUGUCGCGAGCGAUAACGGUGCUUGCCCGACCGCGGGGGGAUCCAACUACCCCCUGAGGGGGUACAAGCACACAAUCUUCGAGGGGGGGGUCCGUGUACCGGCGUUCGUCUACUCCAAGUCAACGGACUUGAUUCCGGAGGAGGCGAGAGGCACCAGGUACUCUGGGAUGAUGCACUCCACCGACUGGACUCCGACGUUUGGCAGCGUUGUGCCGGACCUCCCGCUGGGCGAGAUGGGGAAGGAGCUGAGCGGCUUCGACCAUUGGGACGCAAUCAUUGGCGGGGGGGAGGGUGAGGGGGGGGGCGUGCGUACGGAGCUUGUCCUCGGCCGCAGCAGCUACGUGUUCGACCUGGAUGCAGGCGAGAUCGUGAACAACCCGAGGUGCACUGGGUGGUCGACCUUCAGCCUGGACGACCCUGUCAUCUCAGAAGACCCCGGCUGCGACCUAGAAGACGCUUGCACCAGCUGCACCGUCGAUUGCGGGGGUCCGGAGCUGAUCGAUUUCCUGUUUCACAUCGAUACCGACCCUUAUGAGACGGAGAACCUGAGGGACUCGAUGCCCGAGAAGUAUGCGGAGAUGGUACAGCGGUUCGAGGUGUCGACUAACGAUGAGGUUGUUGCGGAGUACAAGCCUGCUCAGCCCCAGGCGCUGGAGCGAUGGGACGAGUUCAACCACUGGAUGGUCGCUUGGCUUUAGGAUAGGACUACUGUAUUAAGAACGAAAGUCACCGGAGAUCGACGUUCACCGAACGACUUUCGAUCGGAGAUCAUUAUUAGUGGAUGGGCCGCCUGUCGUCUCGGCCUGUGAUGACCCGGUCGAAGCCGGAGGAGUAUUUGUGGGUAUUUGUGGGGCACAAGCGCAUCGGCCCAAGUUCUGUUCAUUUUCAUUGUCAGUUUCGUGUCCGUUUCCCCACGUCCGUUGGUUUAGUCUGCCUCUUGAAGUUUUUCGUUCGCUCGAAAGGAUACACAUGAAUUAGUGUGUUGUCGUCUGACAGUUACAGGGAUAGAGUGGAAGUUGAAGACCGGCUACCUCAAUGCUGUUUGGAGUUUAAGUGCCCACCGACCGAUUUGACAUUGUUGAUUGUAAGUACCAUAGAGUCUACGGCGUGUUGCUCUCCGCAUCGAGGAGAUCCGGUGCACAGUUUUUUCGUGUUCUUCCGGCCUUAAACGAAAGGGAAUGAAUCAACUCGCUUGUUUCGUACUGUUGUUACGCAUUUGUUUCCCCUGUUCCGUCCGUUGGUUUGUGACCUGGUACUAUUUUGGUACUUCUCUCCCGUAUGUUAGUUUUGUCCGUUAGUUUUUUUUGUUCGGGUCGAAAUGCCAGAGUGGACUACAUAAUUGAUCUACAGUAUUUCAAGUUG